AUGGUUGAAGGACCAACACUAUCUUCAAUUCUUUCAAGAGCCGAUCUUUGUCGAGCUGUCCCCGAAAACACAAAGAAACUCUCGGAAAAAGUGGUCACUACCGAGAAUCGAAUUGAAAUUGGGGAUCAUCAAGUUUUCUAUCGAGAAGCUCGUCCACCCGACAAUCACUAUGCAAAAGGGACAAUCUUUUUCCUUCAUGGUCAAAGCUUUUCCUCGUCAACAUGGACCGAAAACGGUCUUCUUUCAAGCAUCGCCGCUCACGGUUUCCACUGUGUGGCACCCGAUCUGCCUGGAUCCGGGAAAACUUUUGGACCAGCUAUUCCUAAUGAGGAUAAACCCACCUUUUUCCUAUCUCUUUUAUCAGCGCUUGGCGUGAAACAGCCAAUGAUCGUUGCCGCUAGUAUGAGUGCUCAAUAUGUACUCCCGCUUCUUAACAGGGAAAUCUUUUCUUGUGUCGUCGGGGUGGCUCUCUCGAACACUCAUGAACUCACCGAAGUGCACAAACUGCGCACCCCAUUGCUUUGUGUUUGGGGUGACAAGGACACCUCUUUGGGGCCAUCAUCAGCCAACAACCUCAAGAAUCUACCAAAUUCAAGAUUGCAACAAAUCCCUUCAGCUGGCCAUGCAGCCCAUCUCGGCAAUCCUGAUCUUUUCCAAAGAGUCGUCGCAAAUUUCGUCGAGCUCAUCCGAUCGUAUCACACAAUUCCUCUG